AUGGUUUGCGGCACAGCAGCUCGGCCUUGGAGUGGUUCAAGGCUGAAUAAGGAUGUUAACGUUGGAGAGACUGAAGGUCUUAUUGGAGGAUUUUCUAUCCAAUCAGUGAAGAAAUCAGGGCCGAGCCCAGGAAUAGGGCAUAAAUACCAUAACUUCCAAACUCAAGGCGAGGCUACGAAGUCUGGCCCCAGUCCAGGUGAUGGGCAUAAGCAAGCCUCCAUGUCACACUUGCCACCACCGAAUUUGCUCGUCACCACAUACUCAAAUCUUCCAUCAUCAACCCUACCUCUUCGACCAUCUCGAUCUCCGGAGUCUAAAUUCGCUUCUUCUCUAAUGGCUUAA